AUGUCUACAAAAAGGCCAUACUUUCAACUUGUCGAUGGUGUUCCGAGACCCCCUAUUAUCGACCCGGUUGUGUUUAAGAGGAGCCUCCACAGGAAAUUCAAGGAAGGUGAUGUGCUGCUUUCGACAUACCCGAAGAGUGGAACAAAGUGGCUUGUGUACAUAAUGCAACUUAUCCUCAAGGAAGGCAAACCGGUGAUUAGUUUCGCGGACUUCACGGCCAACGCAUGUAGUGUCGAGUUCACGAAUGACGAGGACCGGCGGACGAAGCUGCCGCUUCAAAUACACUUCACCCACCACCCCCUUCGCAGAGAGAACAUGGGCGAAGCAGCCAAGUUUGUGUACAUUGCUCGCAACCCUUGGGACGUCUGCGUUUCGUUCUACCACAUGGUCAAGGAUCUCAGUGUUUACCGGUUCCAAGAUGGCUCGUUUGAUGAUUUUCUUGAGGCUUUCCUGGCGGGAGACUUCGGAUUUGGUAGCUACUUUGAGCACGUAGCCUCCGGAUACGCCUUGAAGGACGAGCCGCAUGUCUUCUUCACCACGUACGAGGAACUCAAGAGGGAUACCAAAGGGACGGUACUCCGUCUGGCGUACUUUCUGGGAGAGCGUUAUGGCAGAAUUUUGGGAGACGUAGACAAUGGCAUGCUAGAUAGACUGCUUGAAAGAUGCACGCCACAAUACAUGAAAGACGUCAUGGUCGUUCACUUCAAGAAUACUAGCGAUACCGGAUGGCACGCGCAGGCAGCGCGUAACCAGAUGACUAGCGCCACGGGCUACCAGGGAGACAAAAACAAGUACAGCAUUGUUAGAAACGCUAAGAUAGGCAGCUGGAAGGAUACCUUCACAUCAGACCAACUAUGCCGCUUAGAAGCAAAAAUCGUGGAAGAAGGUGACAGAGCGUCAUUCAUGAGCCUCUGGGAGGACAUUCGACGGGAGGCCCGCUCUCUUUCGGAGCAGCCGUGA